ACAGAACAUCGUCUAUGCCAGCAAAUAAGAAGAUUGAAUUCGACAGAGCACAGAGGGAGAGAGAUGGGCACGGGUUAAGGGACCCUCACAGGGAUCACCACACUCCCCCCUUAUCCUCAAGGGACGGAGGGCACAAGGAGGGGCAGAAGGACGGGCAUAGGGAGAGGCAUACACGUCCUCAUAGCAGCGGGGGUACACACAGUCGCAGCAGCAGCCAUAUUGGCACCACCGACCGGGGAAGCGAGCACCACAGCAGCAGCAGCCACCGCUCUUCACACCACGGUACCGGUCAUAGUAGCAGUGGUCACAGCAUUGGGCACGGUAGCUCUCACCACAGCAGCAGCAGCAGCAGCGGGCACCACAGCCGCAGCAGCAGCCACAGCGGCAGCCACGGCAGCAGCAGCAGCAGCCACAGGAAAACGCACAGCGUGAGCCACUCUUCCUCCACUGGAAGCGACCUAGACCUCAAAAUCCCUCACCCUUCCUCUUCCUCCUCUGCUGAUUUGCCUGCUCUAGUCGAGGCCCUGGGCUCGGAUUCCGACGCGGAAAAGGUGGAGGCGGUAAGUGCCAUCCGCGCUUUGCUAAAAGGCAACAAAGAGAACAAAGCUAAGUUGAUUGCAGCAGGUGGUAUACCACCGUUGGUGGCGUUUCUGCAGAGGAACAGUCCUGCUGGAAAAGAUCAGGCAGUCACAGCCCUUUUGAAUCUCUCUCUGGUUGCUGGAGCACCGGCUAUUAUAGCUUCAGUUGGUGGGAUUGCAGCUAUAACGGAUGUUCUUCGCUCGGGCAGCCCGGCUGCCCGGGAAAACGCGGCCGCUGCCCUUUUCGCGCUUUCAGUCGAGGAUGCCAAUCAGACGCUGGUUCGGGAAGCAGGAGCUAUUCUCCCAUUGGUCGGCGUGCUGCGCAUGGGCAGCACGCGCGGAAAAAAAGACGCUGCCCUGGUUCUGUUCAACCUAUCCCGAGACCCCCAAAGCCGGCUCGAAAUCGUCCGGGCAGACGCGGUAAAAGUUUUGCUCAGCCUCCUGGGGUGCUCUGAAGUAGGUCUAGAAGAAAAGGCCAUGGCUGUGCUAGCAAACCUGUGCCGGCUGCAAGAGGGGUGCGAAGGGGUGCUAAAGAUCAACGGAGCGGUUCCGGCGUUAGUUGCUGUGGUGGAGGGCGGUUCGCAGAGGGCGAAGGAAGAUGCAGUGAUGACGCUGCUGAUGCUGGCGAAUAGCGAGCCGGACUGCUGUAGGGAUAUGCAAGGGGGGGAGAUGAUGGAGGUCUUGCGUGGGUUGACUCAGAACGGGUCCUCCAGGUGCAAGAGCAAGGCCAAGGCACUAGUCGAACUGCUGCAGAUGCAGGGGGAGGAGAGCUUCGACUAGACUGGAUUGGUUUGAGAAGGGACGUGUGAGGGAGAGGGGCAAUGAUACAGGGUCCUUGACAGGCGGAGGAGGAUAGAGUGAUGACGCUGCUGACGCUGGCGAAUAGUGAGCCGGACUGCUGCAUGGACAUGCAGGGGGGGGGAGAUGAUGGAGGUGCUGCGUGGGUUGACUCAGAAUGGGUCAUCGAGGUGCAAGAGCAAGGCCAAGGCGCUGGUGGAGCUGCUGCAGAUGCAGGGGGGAAGAAAGUUUCGACUAGGUGGGGAGUCUCGACUAAUUGGAGACUUUCGAGCUGACUGGCCUCGAACCGAGAGGGGGGUUAAGGUGAAGCCGGAGGGGGGGGUCAAGGUGAAGCCGGAGGGGGGAGAGAUGAUGGAGCUGCUGCGUGGGCUGACUCAGAGUGGGUCGUCGAGGUGCGAGAGCAAGGCCAAGGCGCUGGUGGAGCUGCUGCAGAUGCAGGGGGAGGAGAGCGUCGGUUAGACUGGGCUCUGACUGAGAAGGGGCCAGUAAAAGGAGCGGAAUGGAGGAUGGUGGUGGCGACAUCGGUAUGGGCUGACUCAAAACUCUCCUCCUCGAGGUGUAAGAGCAGGAGCAAGGCGCUGGUUGAGCCACUGCAGGUGCAGGGGGGGGGAAGUUUUGAAUAUACUGGGCUCGGACUGAGGGGGUUUUCCCCUAAUAUUCCGGAGCCCCGUCGAGACCGAGGGGGGGAAAACCAAAAGGGACGACAGGAGGACCGGAGAGGAUGUGGGAUGGAUUUCUUACUGCAAUUGACUUCAGUUUUUUUUGUUACAUCAAGGAACUGAUGCAUGGUAAGUGGGGUAGAUCAUUUUGGGGAGUGGGGGGUGGAGGUGGGAAACGAUGCUGGAGGGUGGGUAGAUAAGUGGGGCUAAUUAUGUGAUAGAGGGAUGGUUCUUAGAGGGACGAUUCUCCGAUGUCUCUAAUUACGUAUGGUUCCGUAUCACCUUGUGAGGAGAAAUCGGAGGGUCGAUUCAAAUGUUAGUUUGGAAGUGACGUUGUGGUGUAGCGUUGUGUGUCAGGUUUCCUUUCGUCUGUGCGGAGGAAACUGGAUGUCGGGUUCUGAGUAAGGCGUGCGCUUGUUACCACCUGGGCGGCUGCUGGAAAAUAUGGGAGUAGUAGAGUAGAGAACAGCAGCAACAGGGGGAAGGAGAGCAGAAACAGCCGGGUGGCUGCUGGAAAAGGUGCGAGUAGUAGAGAGCAGCAGCAACAGGGGGGAGGAUGAUUUUGCAGGGUGUUUUUGAGAAUUCUCAAAAACAAGCAGCAGCAACGGGGGGGAGGAUAGCAGAAACCAUAGACGGGUCACGGAACGGGAGCAGCAGAAGCACAGCAGAAGCAACUAACAGCAGAACGAGAGAGUUCACGGGAGCACAAGAAGAGCAGCUGUAGGAAGGGAAGAGCAGAGGGAGGAGAGCUUUUGGAAGAGAGGAACUGCAGCAAGGGGAGAAGGAAGAGCAGGAGCAGCAGGAGCAGCAGGAGCGGCAGCAGCAGCAGCAGCAGCAGCAGCAGCAGCAGCAGCAGCAGCAGCAGCAGCAGCAGCACCACCACCUGGAGCAGCAGCAGCAGGAGCAGGAGCAGCAGCAGCAGCCGACGAGGGAAAUUGGGUGUGAGAAGAAAUAGUUUUUGGUGGACUGCAAGCAUGUUCAUUGUCAUACGGUUGGAUGGAUGGGUGUAGCAGGAAUAAAUUAUGAGAUUGGAUGCUAAGUAGUGUGAGAUGUAAACUAAUUGCCUCUGCACAUGAUCACAAAAUUCCGACGAA